AUAUUUAGAGCAAAAUGAUUCAACUUCAAAAACACAAGUGCGCCAACUGGCGCCUCGAGUCCUAUUUUUCGUAUAGAGACUCGCCAUGAUAUAUAUAUGCGUUUCCCGAGUAUCAUAACUUAUGAUAAACAUUUCUAUGCAUUUAAAUCAUAUUUAUAUCACCUAUUUAAUGUUUUUGAUGUUCUGGUGUAUUAACUUAAAAUAAACCGUUGCAAAAUUAUUUCAUCAUCAGUUAUUGUCUAUAGAUACUUCACAUAUGUUUCGUGUUACAUAUAUGUUGACCAUGUGUUGACAAUCACUAAUUAUUAAAACAUAAUUGGAUAAAUUUUAACACACUAUUAAUAAAUUACACAUGGUGCAUUCUUAAUGUCUAAACAGACUGUUACGGAACAUAAGAAUUACUUGUAUGGAGAUAAUUGAUAAAAUCAUGACAAGGAAUUAUUGUCAUAAAAUGGAUAUCGAGGUGUGACUUUAAAAAUGAAUGCUUCAUAAUUGAUACUUCAAUAAGAUGAAGACAUUGUCACUACUCAAUUUAACAUGGAUGAUUCUAUCAUGGAGUUCAGAGCUGUAUGGCCUGACAUUUGAUUCCAAGAAGUGCUUUGCCUGUACAUAUGUACAGACAAAUGAUCCAACGGCAACAUAUGAAUGCGUUGCUGACCCUGAGAACGUGAAACAAGGACAACCCAUAGUUACUUGCAGUUUUCCCGACAAAGCUUAUUGUAUAAUCAAAAGACAAAUGUUCAUAUCAACUGGGAAACUACGAUCAUUUUCAAGAGGAUGUGAUAAUGUUGACCGUGGUAACAAAUGCACACGUGACCACUAUUUCUAUACAUGCUACACCACUUGCACAGAAGAUGGUUGUAAUGGAGAUACUGGUAUAACCGGAGACUGGGGCAAGGGAUCAGGUGGAAAGAAAUCAAAAUACCUUCCAGAUAUAGGGUCCGCCCCGAGAAUCUAUGACAAAAGAUAUAUGGACAAAAAGAAAAAGAGUAAUGGAGAGCUAUCUAGUAAAAGUCAAAUUCACAGUGGUGACAAAUACAGCAAGAAAAAUGAAUUAAAUGGUAGAAGUAAUGGACCACAAAAUAGCAGAAAAUCUGGUAGCUGUAAAAAUGGAAUUUCCUCUUUCGUAGUUACAGUCCUCUUCUGUUUGUACACAAUUUUGUAAAUGUGUAUUUUAAAUAUUGAUAAGUACAUUCGAACAUGCGUAUAAAUUCAAAUACUUAGUGCGUCUAAGAGUUUAAUUAGAUCACGGUGGACAGCUUUAUGCAUGUGAUAUUCCCGGUGAUAUUACUGCAUGUGAUAUUCAUGCCCAAUGGAUCAGAAAUAUUGUCCAAUGUUUACAGGUGCCAUUUAAAGACACUCAAUGUAUAAUCAUGGUGUAUGUCUAAAUUGUCUAUUGAAGUAUAAUUGGAGGGCUGUUCAAUUAUUAAUUGGACAAUUGUGGGACAAGGAAGGUAUAAUUUCCCCCUAUUACAGCAGGUGAUGUUUUCUCAUUAAUCUCGUGAUUUAUUUGCCGAUAUCGCAUCUCUAGCCACUAAUAGGCACCAUUCAAUAAUCUAUUUGUUAUCAGUUCUAUCAGGUCCUGUCAAACAUAUUUGUCUAUGAACGCUGUGUGUUAGGUAGAGAUAGAUUUUAUGCAAAUUGUCAUUACAAUUCUAUAGAUAUUCAACUGAUUUAUUACUAUCACGCAAAAAUUGCACAAGAAUGUGUCUUGUAUAUAUAUUCAGUAUUUAUUGUGUUUUAUUUCAGAUUAUAUAUAUUUACAA